AUGGAUUCCAAGCGGAAAACCCAGAUUGAAGUCCCUUUUUUUGGCAACAGCUCGAGCACUACUUUGGAGAACCCCAGGGUCCCUAAUGGACGAAGCCUGACUAAUAGAACUGGCCCGAAGGGGCGCAAUCUGUUCAAGCCACCGAAUGUUUUAGAAGUCGACAUACAGGUCAACAGGGAGGAAAUGAAUAUCCCAGCGCAAAUUCCAAGCAAUUCUUCUCAAACUCCAACUGCUUUGGACUCUGGAUCACUUGUCGAUGUCAACUGGGGCUCUCCAUGGAGUAAAUACGAGGCCAGCCACAAGUUAUCUGACCUGGGUGGAGAAUUGUGGAUGGCGAUGUCGUUCGUUAACAUCAGAAGAUUUCCACGAGACGCCGCCGAGCAAACGCUCAAAAAGUUUCGUCGCAUCAAGCACCAGAACGUUGUGGCUUUUUACGAAGCCUACAUGACAGACGCCUAUCUUCACGUCGUAUUAGAGAGCAUGACCUUUACUUUGCUCCACAUCGUUAAAAACCCACACUACCCAAACGAAGCGCAGCUCGGCACUAUUCUAAGCCAGGUGGUGGACGGCCUAUGCUUUUUGGAAGAAGAGGGAUGGCACCAUCCUCUCCUCGAUUGCGAAAACAUUCUGGUCAGUGAAAGAGGCUUGGUAAAGAUUGCGAAUCAACAGCUCUGCCAGUCAUCUGAAGGCCUAGAUAAUCGUCGACACCUCGAAGCUCUCGACCAUGUCACACAGUUGAUCAUGCAGAAGUUCUAUAAGCAGAGGCCUGGUAUUGACGAUAUGGAUCGCUGGCCCCCCGACUCAGAUGGAUUCACGUUCCUUGCCUCAAUCGAGUCUGCAAGCUCGGUCAAGGAAUUACAAAAGCAUCCGCUCAUGCGAUACCGGGAUGUCAGUUGCCUCCGCGGACUCAUAAAGCUCACGCAAGUCACUGUUUUCCCCCGAGAAUACUCUUUGCAAUAG